AUGCCACUACAGGAGGUCCUAGGCUUCAAAGUGGCGAUGAUUGCCUCCAUCGUGAGCUGUGCCAUCAUUCUGCUCAUGUCCAUGGCCUUCCUCACCUGCUGCCUCCUUAAGUUCAUGAAGAGGAGCAAGCAGCAGCGCUCGGACAGGACGGCCCAGCUGUGGCACCAGUUGAGAGGCGAGGAUCUGGAAACGGUGCAGGCUGUGUAUCUCUGCCUCAAGGGCCUCAACUUCAACAACAGCAGCGGCCCCGGGAGCCGGCGUGCUCAGGCGCAUGACAACCACAGCUUCACCACAGACGUGGACAGUGCGACCUGCAGCGUGGACAAGGGCCCCUGGAGCCCCUCCAGCAGCCCCCACACCUACGUGAUGGUGCACACAGAAAACCCAAGACAGACCCUCCCCGCGCCUGGGCCAACUACAGCACACUUUCCGGGAUGA